AUGGACCUCGGCGCCCUCUACGACGCCCUCCGACCCAUCACCCUCCCCGACGCCCAGUUCGCCAACUGGGCCCGCACCUUCGCCUGCACCCCCUCCUUGACGUUCGUGCCCGAGACCGAAGAACACUGCGCCAUGAUCCUUGCGCUCGCCAGACGCACCGGCAAGGCGGUCCGGGCCGCAGGCGUCGGCCACAGCCCGAGCGACCUCGCGUGCACGAACGAGUACAUGCUACGCACCGACAAACUCAAUCGGCUCUUGGAGAUCAACUUGGAGAAGCGCUACGUCGUCGCCCAGGGCGGGAUCACCCUCCAUGCCCUCCACGACGGCCUGGCCUCGCGCGGCCUCUGCAUGCGGAACUGCGGGUCAAUAUCCGAUCAGACGCUGGCCGGCGUCAUCACGACGGCCACGCACGGUUCCGGGAUAACGUUCGGCGUCCUGUCGACCCAUGUGCAAGCCAUGACUCUGCUGCUUGCCGACGGCAGCCGAGUACGAUGCUCACGCCAGGAUCACCAUGACCUCUUCAUGGCGUCGCUGUGCGGGCUCGGGAGCACGGGCAUCAUUCUCUCGAUCCAGAUGGAGGUCGAGCCGAUGUUCCGACUGAAGGAGUCUCAGUACAGCAUCAGCUUCGAGGAGACGCUCCAAAGGAUGCCGGAAAUCGUGAACUCUGCGGAACAUGUUCGCCUUUGGUGGUUCCCCCAAGCGAACUCUAUUCGCAUUAGCGCAGCGAAUCGUACCUUGGAGCCCAUACGCAGGACAAGCAAUUGGCUAUGGGACUCGUUCAUUGGUUUUCAUGUUAUCCAAUUUGCGCUCUUCCUCGGGCGAUAUUUUACGUUUCUCAACGCUUGGACGGCCCGCUUCGCGGCAUGGCUCGCAAGCGAACCGGCGCUCAGCGUGGACCGCAGUCAAAAUAUAUACAAUAUCGACUGCAAGUACCAACAAUACACGACGGAGUGGGCCAUUCCGUAUGAGAACACGGACGCGUGCAUGCGCGCUCUCCGGUCUAUGCUCGACGGCGAACUAGCAGACCCGCACGGCCUACGCCCGCACUUCCCGCUGGAAAUCCGCUUCUCCGAUAAAGACGACAUCUGGCUCAGCCCUAGCAGCGGCCACCGGACGUGCUGGAUAGGCAUCAUUCAGUACAGGCCGUACGGAUUCCCGGUUCCUUAUCGAAAACUGUUCGCGCGGUUCGAGGCCAUCAUGCUCCACCAUGGCGGUCGCCCGCACUGGGCCAAGGCGCACUCGCUCGGGCCGGAGGCGCUGCGGCGCUUGUACCCCCGAUUCGACGACUUCACCCGGCUGCUCCAGCGCGUCGACCCCGGCGGAGUGCUCACCAACCCCUACGUCAAGCGCCACAUCCUGGGCUGCUUAGGCCCGGACGUGGACGGGAGGGUGUUCAAGCCUUCGACGUCGCGCGCGACCUGAUCGCUUUCGACGACCCGCGCCUAUCGUCCACGGAUGGUAAAAAAUUAUCACAUUUAGUUAGUCGCUAGCACGCCCACACAGCCC